AUGUCAUUGAUAUUAUUGUUGACAAUUUUAAUUUAUGUUUACUUUUUCUCACGAGGUAAAAGAUAUUCGGGUCGACUUCCUCCAGGUUCGUUAGGACUUCCAUUGAUCGGGCAAAGUUUCGAGCUUCUGGAGGCUUUGAAGACCGACAAGGUAGACGAAUGGUGUCGCAAAAAAAUAGCUAAACACGGUCUUAUUUGGAAAGCGUCUUUGUUUGGAUACCCAACAGUUGUUUUACAUGGUGUAAAAGCAAAUAAAUUUGUAUUCACUUGUGAUGAGAACAUACUAACGAACACACAACCCCCAUCUAUAAAUAGGAUGUUGGGUAUAAAUAAUAUAUUAGAAUUGACUGGAGAUGAUCACAAACGAGUUAGAGGAGCUUUUGUUUCAUUUUUGAAGAUUGACUUUUUGAAGCAAUAUGUUGCAAAAGUAGAUGAAGAAAUCCAAGCCCACCUUAUGAUGCAUUGGCAUGGUAAAGACGAGGUCCAGGUACAAAGCCUAAUGAAGACCUUAACAUUCAAUAUGAUUUGUUCACUUCUAUUUGGGAUUGAAAGAGCCAAAAGAGAGGAAUUUCUACCCCUUUUCCAAGAUAUAAUUAAAAGUUUCCUAGCAUUCCCAGUAAACUUGCCCUUCUUUCAAUUCAGCCGCGGGCUUAAAUCAAGAAAGAAACUAGUAACGUUGCUCGUAGAUCUCAUACAGGAGAAAAGAGAUGCACUCAACAAACAAAAAGAACUACAAGUACUUAAUCCUCACGCAGACUUGAUCACUUCAUUGCUUAGCUUCCGUGAUGAAGAUAACUCGAUAACAAUGUCUGAUGAUGAAAUCAUUGACAACAUCAUCAUUGCCAUGGUUGCAGGGCAUGAUACAACCUCUGUUCUCCUUACCUUCCUUGUGAGGAUUUUGGCAAACAAUGACUCUAUCUACUCUAACAUUCUUCAAGAACAAGAAGAAAUUUCCAAAUGUAAAGCAUCAGGGGAAGCAUUGACUUGGGAAGACCUUACAAAGAUGAAUUACACAUGGAGAGUAGCCUCCGAGAUGCUUAGAUUAAACCCUCCAGUGAGCUUAACCUUUCGACGAGUUGCUAAAGAUUUCGAGUAUGAAGGAUACAUAAUCCCUAAAGGAUGGCAAGUGAUGUUGUUUCCACCCGUAACAUAUAUGGAUGAUAGCAUUUUUCAAAACCCAACUCUGUUUGAUCCGGCCCGUUUUGAGAAAGAUAGUCCGCCACCGCCACCUUUCAGUUUGUUUCCAUUUGGAGCGGGCCGAAGGAUGUGUCCUGGUAUGGAGUUCGCGAAGAUAGAAACUUUGGCCAUGAUUCAUUAUUUAGUGACAUUGUUCAAGUGGGACCUUGUUAACAAAGACGAGUCCUUCAAAAGAAUACCCAUGCCAGAAUUCGAUCAUGGGUUGCCUAUUCGAAUUAGGCCAAUAAAAUAG